AUGCCCUACCAGCACCUCGGCACACCCUACAAGUCGGCGGUCACUGAUCGUCACGAAUUUUGGCUGGACAAGUGGUGUGCCGAGGUGCUGAUGGAGCCGAGAUUGAUUAUUACUUACGCCCUCACAUACCUGAUCUUCCAUAAACCUCUUUCAAUAGUCCAAUGAAUCCCUCCAAAGGCUGCCGUUCGCCUGCCGCUCCUGCGCAUGUUCUUCCCGUUCCCCCGUUCCCUGUCAUCGACACCAUGCAGCACAUUUACACUCUGAUGAUCAUGAAUCAUCUUGGUAAAGGUGUCUUCAAAAGCACCUUGGAAGUCUCUGCAGUUGAGGAUGAUGAUCCCUCAAUGCCUCCCCUUGAAGAAGUUCACACUUGAUCUGCUAUUGUGAACUAUUGAUAAAAGUGCUACGGGCUCAAACAUGUAUCCUCUUAGGAACGGAUCAGUGGUUACAUGAGUAGGAGCAUAAUCAGGAGCAGCGCCGGAUGAGAGUAUCAUAACUAUGCACAUGUCACAAUUGGAGAAAAAAUGCGAAGCGAAAAAUCAUAAUUU